AUAUUACUAUAUAAAAUAAAUAAAACAUCGAUAUAAAAUUGCAAACCAGUUUCAUAUGUAUACCUAAAAACUGAUUCUAUUGGACCAUGACAUACUUCUCUAUUUGUAAAUCAAUCUUUCCACAGUCUGUUUACGUCUCGUAAUAUAACCGGCCCAUUUACAUACUUGAAUUCAUCCGUGACAAACGCGGACUAAGUUCAAAACGAAGUGUGUCAACUUUUUCGAUCAAUUGUCAUUCUUGUCCAGUUGGAUAUGUCUAGAUAGUUUUAAAUUUAAGUGGUUUUCUUAAUUUUCGUACCGGCCGGAUAGGAGAUUGAUCUUUAAACCAGAAAACUUUGACUGAUAAACUAAGCCAUGAGGGCGAAUGUGUUGUUAAUAGGGGCGUUGUUACUUGGUACGAGUGUUUCCGCACAAGAUUUAGAUAAUUGUGCAAAGGCAGACGUCAUUCUCAGUACAGUAGUUGCCAACCUGGCCGACUGCGGCCAGACAUUUAUAGCUUCAGUGUCGGCCACUGAACUUCAACCGUUUUGUAGCCUUCUAUUUGACGGGCUGAAAUGUGCUGCUGGGAAACUUGCACCAGAGAAAGAAGACGAAUGUUUCGAUAGAAUGAUUCAGUUAGUCGAAAAUGACCCUAGUGCAGUUUUUGAUCGAAUAAAACCUUUGUUGGCUGCUAUGGGUGAAAAUAUUGAGCUUCGUUUUGUAAAUCAAGUAGGAGAGUGCA